AUGAAGAAAGCUCUUAAUUUAGCUCUUGAUUUGGGAUGUGAAAAUGAAAUUAUUGAUAUGAUUAAUAAGUUUAUUAAUUGCAAGAAAAAUAUUAUUAAAGAUGCAAACAACGAUGAAAACAAUGAAGAAAAUCUACAGAUUUUAGAUCCUAUAUCAGCCUCAGAGACAAAUUCACGUCAUGUUAGUACAAAAAAUAGUGCAAUAAAUCCAUCUGAUCCUAACUUGUAUGUACGUGAAGUGCAACAACAUCCUCAGCAAGCGUCUUCAUCAAGAACGCCUUUUAAUGUACUUGAUACCAAUACUAGUAGUGAUUUUAAUACACAAAGACAAGAAAGGAGCGAAAAUACAUCAAAUUGGAAAACCUAUAUAUGUAAAGUUUGUGGUGAACCAGGUCACAAUGCUAGGACAUGUAAUAAACAAAAUCAAUGA